UCCAACGUUAACCUUGUUUUUCAGAUUAUUUUUCUAGAACGAUUUCGACGCAAAACUGAAAUCGCAGAAUCAGUAUACACGUAGGUACGACGGUACGUGCAACAUACCAUACGAAUCAGAAGCAUCAUCCUACAUAUUCGAAUCGAAAUAUACAUACCUACAUAUAUUUUUUUCUCGAUUAAACGAUCUGAAAUAUCUUUGUGAAAUGCCUGCCACCAAGGCACGAUUGUUCAUUUUGGUCGUUUUGUUACAAUUUGGUGUUAAACACAUUGAUGGGGGAAGUAGCGAAGAUGAUGAUUCCAAUGACAGCGCUGCGAGCACUACUAGCAGCACAGCUCAUUUCGUCCAAUCCCCAGUACAUCAUUUUGGAUAUCAAGACAUUCGAACUAGAGCAGCUGGAGUCAAUGCCGCUGCCGCUGACUUAGAUGCCGAGGUAGACCGCGACAGCUUUGGGAGUGUUGAAAUUGCACCCGCAAUAUUAGAAGCAGAAUAUUCUGACCUUUCUCCUGACAACAGUGACAUCGAAGGAGAAAGUAGAGGGUAUUAUUAUAGAGGAGAAGAUGGACAGUUGUAUUGGCAUUGUUACUCUGAUGAGGAGAAUUGAUGUAAGAAUUAUCAUUUUCUGGAAACUAAUUUAGGCUUAUCAUAUUUCCUGAUGUUAUGAAUUACCUACAUGAAUUUUUUCAUAUAUUAUGUACAUUUUUUAGAGAAGCACGAUGAAGGUAUGCAACCAGUGACAUUUUUUGCAUUCAAAGUGUAUAAAUACAGUUUUUAUAAAAUAAGGCUAUGUAAAUUGUAAAUACUAUACCUAUGAUUUCUUUUCAUUUCCUAAUACGUAAUAAUUGACUAAAUUGACCAUUACAAAUGGAAUAAUAAUUAGUGUUGUUGUUUGGCUUUUCAAUUAUGCACUGACUUGUAAGAUACCUAUCUAUAGCAUUAAAAAUACAUAAUCCGAUUGAUUGUUACAGAAA